AUGGUGCUGCUUGUCAGUACAUUCUUUCCGAAGGCGCCCCUGAAACGAUUCAAUGACCCUUCCGGUUGUGCCCCAUCUCCAGGUGCUUAUGAUGUUAAAACUUCAGAUGUAUUUAGAGGACCAGUAUCCUUCCAGAAAUCACAAAGAUUUAAAAAACAGAAAGAAUCACAACAGAAUCUUAAUGUUGACAAAGAUACUACCUUUCCUGCCUUAGCAAGAAAAUUUAAGACUUCGGGAUUAAAGAAGGAAUCUCAAAAGAAUGAUAAAGAUUUAAAGACACUGGAAAAAGAGAUUCGUGUUCUUGUGCAGGAACGUGGUGCUCAGAACAAGCAGAUCCAGGAACUGGAAGCUGAGUUGGAGAAGAUGGAAGCAAAGCUAAAUGCUGCAGUCAGGGAAAAAACAUCUCUCUCUGCAACUAAUGCCUCACUGGAAAAACAGCUUAUUGAAUUAACCAGAACCAAUGAGCUGCUAAAAUCUAAGUUUUAUGAAGAUAGUAACCAGAAGAAUAUGAGAAUUCUAAGCCUGGAAUUGAUGAAACUUAGAAACAAAAGAGAAACAAAGAUGAGGAGUAUGAUGGCUAAAGAAGACAGCAUGGAGGCAAAGCUCCAGGUCACCCAGAAGAAUCUUGAAGAGUCUCAGGGGAAAAUAGCACAACUUGAGGGGAAACUUUUUUGCCUAGAGAAAGAAAAAAUUGAUGAAAAAUCUGAAAAUCUUACAGAAGCAGAGAAACAGGCUUUGUUGAAUGAACAUGGUGCAUCUCAGGAGCAGCUAAAUAAACUAGGAGAUUCAUAUGCUAAAUUAUUGGGUCAUCAAAAUCGAAAGCAAAAAAUCAAGCACGUUGUAAAACUGAAAGAUGAAAAUAGCAAACUCAAGUCGGAGGUGUCAAAACUGCGUUCUCGGUUGCUAAAAAAAAAGCAAAGUGAGACAAAACUUCAAGAGGAAUUGAAUAAAGUUCUGGGUAUCAAACACUUUGAUCCUUCAAAGGCUUUUCUUCAUGAAAGUAAAGAAAAUUUUACUCUCAAAACCCCACUGAAAGAAGGGAAGACAAACUGCUGUUGAGCUCCUAUGGAGUUUCAAGA